AUGUCCAUGAUGCCGUGCCGUGUGUUGUGUUUGUUUAUACUAUUGCUCUGCUGUGUGGGUGUGGCUCAUGCUGAUGAUGCACAUGUGGACGAUAUGAAGCAAAUUACUGAGUUGGCAAAAGAAGCACAAAGAUUGGAUGUGGAGGCUAAUAAUUUAGCUAAUGAGACUCUAAAAGCAGUACAGAAUUGCACGGCGGCCGAAAAUUCUGUAGAUGAAGCUAUUGGAGAAGCGGAAACGUCUGCCCGUGAAAUUUUAGAGUUAAUCAAAAGCGAUAGGGGCAAUGCAGAAGAAAUGGAGAAGAAGAAGGCAGAGGGACUUCGAAUCGUCAAGAAAACAAAGGAGGUCGUAGCCACGUCAAGGGAGGUCAUCAAGAAAACAAAAGAAAUAAAAGAGAACACUGUUGUAAAGGGCUAUGCUGCUCUUCAGGCAUCAGAAAAAUUCUACAAGCUAUAUGAUGAACUGAAAAAAAGGUACAGCCAACCAAAUGAAAAUGAUAGAACCAAAUUGGACGAAUUAAAAAAGAUAGAGGCUGAAUAUCCAAUGUACACUAACAAAGAAAUGAAAAGUGCUGGACAACAUGCCAUUGACGUUUCUCAUGAUGCAAUCGGUGAGACACUUUCACUUCAACUUGCCCUGACUACGGCAGAAAAUGCUGCCAACCAACUAGAGAAUGCUAUUCAACAUCUGGAGGCUGCAGUGACUACUGCGGAAACAGAGAAACUGCAAACAGGUCAGCAUGGCAGGAACCAGGUGGAGUCGCAGGCACAACCACAAAUGCAGGAGACUACGGUUGCAAACCCACACCCCAAUGGGGUAGACGAGGCUGGGGGAGAACAAGACAACAGAGAAUCAUCCGGCACAGCCCAAACGAAUGGAAAUCAAAACGUUAAUGGAGAAGAAAAUAUGUCUGAGAAGGACCAAGAAAAUGAAAGGAAAGCACAAACACUGAAUACAACAGCUAUGCAGAAUCCACAACAACCCAGUGGAGGCAGUGAAACUAUGGGUGAACAUCACACCCAGAAGAAGGAUAACACAGAGGACAAGAGGAAAAAAAGGAAUGUAAAAGAGACGCCAUCACCUCCUCCU